AGUUCUCACGCUCCUGGGUAGAGGCUGCGGAGCACAGGUAUUUGGGAAGUGACGUCACCAGCCCUGAAACGGAGGAAGGGGGGGACGAAACGUUUCGGCGAGCAAGAUGGCAGUGAAAUCCGAUGGCGUGGGGGUCGUUACCGGGUUCGCGCAGCUGGAUGAGCAGGACGAAGCGGCGGCCAACGACGACGAGCUGGACAGCGCGGCCAUCCACAUCUGCCAUUGCUGUAAGUCGUCGUCGUGUUACUGGGGCUGCCGGAGCGCGUGCCUGCGCUCCCUCACGAGGAAGGGGAACCGAAGAGGAGGAAGAGUAGCGGAGGAGCGCCUAUGGCUGGACUGUCUGUGGAUCGUGUUGGCCAUGCUCGUGUUCUUUUGGGAUGUGGGCACGGACGUUUUGUUGGCCGUGGAUUACUACGGGAAGCGGGACUAUGCGUGGUUCGGGCUCACGCUCUUUUUCGUGCUCGCUCCGUCCGUGCUCGUGCAGAUCCUCAGCUUCAGGUGGUUCGUGCAGGACUACACGGGCGGAGGCCUCGGUCCGGUACAGGGUCUCAGCCGGAGAGCCACCGCUGGACUGAGCGCAGGCAAGUACGGCAGGCGUACAUGCUGCCACAUCUCCAUCUGGACAUGGCAAGUGCUGGUGCAUCUCCUACAAUUGGGCCAAGUGUGGAGAUACAUUCGGACUAUGUACUUGGGCAUCCAGAGCCGGCGUCAGACCAGACACAGACGGAGAUUCUAUUGGGCCAUGAUGUACGAGUAUGCUGAUGUCAACAUGCUUCGACUGCUAGAGACGUUCUUGGAGAGUGCUCCCCAACUGGUGCUACAACUUUGCAUUAUGAUCCAGAAGAACCGGGCUGAGACUUUGCAGUGUGUCUCUUUAUUAGGCUCUCUGAUGUCUCUGUCCUGGGUGUUAGCUUCCUACCAUAAGCUCCUGAGGGACUCCAGAGAUGACAAGAAGAGCAUGAGCUAUCGAGGAGCACUGAUUCACAUCUUCUGGAGGCUCUUCACCAUUUCUUCACGGGUGCUCUCCUUUGCUCUCUUUGCAUCAAUCUUCCACAUCUACUUUGGCAUUUUCGUGGUGAUGCACUGGUGUGCUAUGGCCUUCUGGAUUGUGCAUGGAGGCACUGAUUUCUGCAUGUCCAAGUGGGAGGAGGUGCUCUUCAACAUGGUAGUUGGCAUUGUCUACAUAUUUUGCUGGUUUAAUGUGAAGGAAGGCCAGACACGCUACCGGAUGAUGAUCUACUACUUUGUGGUGCUUGCCGAGAACACGGUGCUCACUUGUCUGUGGUACGCCUAUAGAGACCCAACCACCACGGACUCUUAUGCAGUGCCAGUCCUGUGUGGCGUUUAUCUAAGUUUUGCCUCAGGAGUGGUCUUCAUGGGCAUCUACUAUGGAGUCCUUCACCCCAUGGGCCCUAGGAUGAGGGUGCUAGCCAGCUCCUGCUGUGCCGAUCUACUCUGGGGUCUUCCUUUACCCCCUGAGGCCGAGCCAAUGGCACCAACCCCUGGUCAUUAUGCUGCACAGACAACCCCAAGUCGGGCAUCUACAGCAGUUUAUGGGCAACAGGAUGACUCCACAGCAGAGACCUGUUUACCAGUGUUUCAGGUGCGCUCCCCCGAACCCACCACGCCAUUGGGCCGCCAUCGACCAGAGGGGCCGCUCAUCAAGAUCGACAUGCCCCGCAAACGUUACCCAGCCUGGGACGCCCACUUUGUGGAUCGGCGUCUGAGAAGGACCAUUAACAUCCUGCAGUUUAUCAGCCCCUCGGCUGUAGGGAUCAGGUACAGGGACGGGCCUCUACUCUAUGAGCUCCUUCAGUACGAGUCCUCUCUGUGACCAUAUCCUCUCUCCUCCACACUUUUUAUUUCACUCAUUCUGUUAUUAGUCAUCAUCCAUUCCUCUUAGUUUCUUUUUUUAAAACUUUCAUUUAAUCAAACGGUUUAAAAGGUUUUUUGCAAAAAAAAUUUUGUAAUGAUUUAUUAUAAAUGAAUACUUAAAAUGUGAAAAAGAAGACUUGAUCUUAGUCAUUGUAAAUGAUUUUCUUAUGCAAACUGUGAGUGUAUAUUUAUUUGUACAUAUGCAUUUUCUUUUUAUAUAGUCUAUUGAACAAUGUCAACUUCCUUUAAGAGGAUGUAUAUCUUCUGUCAGUGUGUUUACAGCUAGCUGAAACCAUCACAUUGGAAAAAUGGAGGUAGAUUGACCCCGUUGAAGCUAUUUAUCAAUUCCAUUCCAUUCCAUUUCUGUUUACCUUUAGUUGUCUUCCUGUUCUCGUUGUAAAUAGUGUCAGUGUUCUGUAGGGUUUCAGACUUUGCUUUGCACUUACACUGACCCCUGCAGGCAAAAGCUUCAAAUUGACAGAUUAUACAGUGGCAUUCAUUGACUGAUUGCCUUAAAGAUACCUUAAUAAGAAGUCCUACUUUCAGAAAUGUACUUCAUGAGAUACCUCAUUGACUCAUGAUAGCACAGCUUUCACUAAAAGCUCAUGAAGUACGUUUUGCACCGCAUGUUUAAUGUCCGUAUCAUCAGGCACAAAGUGAAAGCUGUAGAGUUUGUUGAGUACAUAGGAAAAUGGACAGCUUUUGACUUAAGAAGAGCUCUCUAGAGUACUUUUCAUAGCAGUAUUGCCAGGUCCACUGUUUUCCUGCUGAAUGAAGCUACUCUGGGAUGUAUUAUCAGUGAACCCAGUGAAUUGGUCUCAUAGCUAUUAUAAUAAUAUCUGUAAUAAUAUGAGACCAUUUUGUCCAACUGUGUUGUGCUACUGCUUUUAAAAGCUGUGUGUAGGUUUAAACGGGAAAUAUACUUUACAUUAGGUACUUUUUAUGACAUUUGGGUGUGUUUGGAUGUGAGGUGGUUUUGUAACACAGACCUGGCAACCCUGCUUCAAAGUAUUGUGCUCUUGCCUUCUCAGCUGUCCGUCUAACUUGCUGCAAUAUAGUGGGAAUGGUCAGGUAGUUUUCCUCCAUUCUUCCCAGCCCCACACAUGUAUUUCUCUGUUGGUGCUCAUUCUCAUGGUUUUUAGUCCAAUUCCCUAUUUGGACUUGAAACCAAGUAAUAAAAUUAAAAGGUGCAAAUGCUUGUCAGUGAUUCCUUAUGGAAUCAUUUUCAUACAUGUAUUUUUUUUUCCUCCAAUGGUUUUUUUUUUAUCUUUAAGUUUGUGUAAAAAAAAAAAAAAGCUAAACUCAUGGAGCUAAUACUUAUCUUUGCCUGAAUAUACCUGAUUGUUUUUUUUUUUUUCUCAGAAACUUAAAAAACCAUUGCAGUGUUUCUUUCCUGGAGAUGAGGAUGCCUUCCUAAAUCACAUCCUCUGCUAUAACCUAACCACCUGUCAGUAACCUUCCUUUGGAUAGGUGCUUACAACGAAUAGUUCUUCUAUUGUACCUAAGCAAACAGCUUAUUGUUGGAUAUGGUGCUACAUUCUUACACAGAUCAUAUGCUUUUGUGGAAAUUCUAGGGCUCAGAAUUCUUGGUAAGACUGCUGAACACCUACUGACACCUGUUUAUUUUAAACUUGGGCAGAUACAGGAACUUUAGUCUAAAAAAAACAUCCAUGCCUUUAAAACAUCUAAUUGUAGUUAAGUCAAGGAAGCUGGAGCUAACAAAUUCCUGAGAAGUUAAACAUCUAGAUAAGGCAUGAUGCCUUCGUUUUAUAGGCACGGUUAGGCAAUGAGUUGUUUUACACCAUCCUCAUUUCCAAUUUAUUCUGUAUAUUUUAAAUAUGUGUCACUUAUAUCACGAACAUCAACACACUUCAGGUUUGGUACACUGAGUAUACUGCUGUGGCUCCUUUUGUGCCUGCUGUGAUCCUAAAUCCCAGAUGCCAUGCAGGUGCAUCCAUCAAGGGGAAGGGUUCUUGCCAGGGAUGGAAAGGAGCUUGAGAGACAGCAUAUUAGGGUUGACAUUACAAAUUCGCCUGAGGUAAAUGAUUUCUUGCUGUUUGUAAUGUAUGCGGAUAUGAUCUUGUAAUCUGAGCCCUUGUAUACUGUCUCUUUUAACACGCUCCUUCCCUGGUUGCUGCUAGCCCUUCCCUUUAUAUCAGUGUAUGGCUCAGGUAUAUUCUGGUGCAGAUAUUCUACAGAUUACUACAAAUGUGCUUGUUGGCUUGUUUUCUUUCAAACCUUGUACUUUAAGUGAAUACAUUCACAACAUAGUACCUCUGCAUAUAGAGUAACUACUGAAACUCAGUUCUGGUUUCAGGUCACCUUCGUUCUAGAUUCUGGUUUUGUUGUUUGCUGGAGGUUUCAACUUGUAUUUUGCUUUUGCCAAAACGUUCUCCUGGUGUAAACAGUUGUUAAGUAUGUCCCAUGGGGAAUUGCCAUCCUCCAGGUGCUAAAACACUGUGAUUGGUUCGUAUCAUCAUCAGCAGCAUUUAAAUUGCUUUAUCGUUUUAUUUAAUCAGUGUAGAGCUGAGAUUUCAGUUCAGUAUUAUACUGUAUCCUCACCCCUAUGUUCUAAAGACACCAAUUUUCCGUUUUUUUUUUUUUAUUUUACAAAAUAUCCAUUCACAAGUCUUUCUGUGAUGUCCUUUCUCUUGUUCCUCUGCUCAUAAUUCUCUCAAGCUGCAAUCUUUUUAGUGAAUGGCAUAAACUGACAAUGCAGAAAAUGUGUUGAAACUGAUUGAAUACUCAUCCUACACACCAAUGUGCAGCUCAGAAGCUUAAAUAAUUCUCACAUGAGCAGAUGCUUGAUUUUCGAUAACAAUCCCUUCUGCAUUUCUGUUAUUAGGAUCCCUCUUUAUUUUAAUCUGUGGUGCUUAUCUAUUGCUGGUGCUUAAUGCUGCCAAGACAAACUUUUCAGCAAACAACAAUGCCCAAUGUGCACAUUUUUUUUCCCUUUUCAAUUAUUUGUUUGUUAUCCACAUAGAGAAGCCGAACAUGAUACUUGUAUUUAACAUGGCAUUGCAGCAGAGAGUAAAGUAAACAUUCCAGUCUUAUUGUAAGUUACAGAAGUUGAGAGAUUCAAUGGUGCAGCUGCACAGGAAAACUAGAUCCUGUGCACAGCCCAGUAACUGUUCUUAAAGUGUUACAGAUACAGCAAUACUAGAUAUUUACAUCUAUUUAUUUGGAAGACACUUUCAUCCAAAGCGACUUCUAGCUGAUGCAGGAUCUCUGGCGAUUGUGAAAUGUAAAACACACAACCUUCCUGUCACUAAGCACAACCUAACAACUACGUGGCAUUGCAAGUUUUUACUUGAAUUGUUAAAAAUAAUUCUGUUAGGAGCACAUUACAGGCACGCGGUGGCGUUGAAGCUAGAAGGUGUUGUCCAGUAUUGCUGUACUUGGCAGACUUUUGGGAACAUUGUCAUCAAGGUGCUAAAGCUGAACCGCCUUUGUAUAUUAUGUUUAUGAAGACCUAAAUAGAUUUUCUUAUAAAGCCUUACUGUAUAACAAACUGUUCAUUUAAAAAACAAUACUGAACAGAAAUGUCUUGUAUACUAUCAAAUACAGAAAUGUAAAGAUUUAUUUUAUUUAUUUAUUUAUUUAUUUAUUUAUUUUUACUUUAGAUAUACAUUGUGUUUCUUCUCUAAAUGCCAUUGUGAAUGAACAGCUUAUGUACAGAAUGCUAAAGCUACAGUGUAGCUUUAGGCACGUAGGUAUGCUUUUCUGUUUCGAUAACCUGAUGUAUUGUAUGCAUGUUUUUCUCCAUUCUUCAUGUUCCUUAGAGUUUCACAGAUAUAAUUCAGAAUUGAAUUAUUGUAGUCUGCAUGGCCACCUUAUAAUAGAAUUAAUCUGAGUUUGUGUGAGGGCAUAUUGGCACAGCGUGUAAUUGAGUAACUUCAAGUGCAGGAAAAAAAACCUAGAUUAGCAGAAUUUCAAAUGAAGUUGAAUUAUUAAUUAUAAUACAGUGUGUAAUUCUGUAAAAAGCCUGGAGUCUUUAACUUCUGCAUUUGAUAUCCAGUGUUGCUCUACUGGAGCAGGGAACAGGUUUCUGAUUACAGGAGCAUGAAAAAUAUUCAUAAGAAUAUUUCCUUUUCGAAAUUAUGCAACCUGUAAAUUGUACACAUACGUAGGCUAUAUGUAUUUUGCGACCCUCAUUACAUUUGACCUUUUGUUUUAAUUUAGACUCUGUUUUAAAACUGCCUCCGAAUUCCCAGCAUGCAGUUCUACACUGAUAUAAGCACAUGGAUUAGCAACUGUGAACAAUUGUGAUAUUAUCGUAGCACUGCUCU